GACAAUAUGAGAAGGAAUAGAUAGAUAUUUUAUGAAAAAAGCGCUGGAGUGAACAGACUGUACAACAACCGUAAAUCCGUGAUAAGUUGCGUGUGAUGAACCUCGUGAGAGAUGAGCUUAUCGACCCCUCGUCGCUGAGGUGCCGUCGUCGAUGUCGACCACAAGCAAAGUCCUGCGAAAACCAGAGUGAGUCAGUUUUCAACCGAAUCGAUCCGAGCGCAACAGGUUGGUCAAAACAACGAGGGUGGUAAGGAAAGGAAAGGCAAAGACAUCGAUAGCGUGCGCCGCGAAACAAAAGAGCGAGCGAAGAGAAAAGAAAAACGAACGGUACGCACCUUCAGCUCUAUCCACUGAGCAGGCCAUCUCCUAUGCCCCCCAUGCCCCCUCCGCCGCCCUCUGGACCAUCGUGCCUCGGGCCCUGCGAGGGACCAUCCUCACCGCUAUGUUUCCUGCCCCUGUUUGGGCAGUGCUCUCGCUUGUGGCGAUGGACUUCAUCUUUACGCACAAAAAGGGCUGGGCAGUCGCCGCAUGCAAAUUCGCGCUGUCCUCCGUGGCGCAGAGUCGCCUUGUGUCGGGGCAUGUCGUACGGGCACGACAGCCGCUUGCUGCACCCGUCGGUGCCGUCGCAGACAUGAGGCCUCGGGGACUGGAUCACCUGUGGGGUUCUCCACCCUAUGGGUGGACGUCGUCGAUUUUAGCGUAG